AUGAGGAGUUGGGGAUUCUUUUGUUUCUUAGUUAUCUUUUGCUUCUUUUCGUUUUCACCUCAAACAUGCAUAUCAAGUGUUCGACAAAAUGGCAAAGUGAACCCAGGAUUCGAAGCGACUCAAAUGAAAUACAUAGACAACAACGGAUUAUUCCUGAUAUCAAAUUCAUCGAUUUUCGGAUUCGGUUUCAAUCCCAAUAGUGACGUCACUUCAUUCACUUUAGUCAUCAUUCAUAUGACCAGUUCAACGAUCAUCUGGUCUGCAAAUCGAGACUCCCCAGUCGGCAAUUCCGAUAAGUUUCUGUUCGACGAUGACGGAAAUGCUUAUUUACAGAACAACGGGAGAGUUGUCUGGUCAACAAACACCGCCAACAAUGGUGUUUCCGCCAUGGAACUGCGUGAUUCCGGGAACUUGGUGUUGGUUAAGAACGACGGUGGUGUUGUUUGGGAAAGCUUCAGCCAUCCGACAAACACACUUAUGUCAAAUCAAGAUUUUAUGAAAGGGAUGAAGCUCGUAAGCAAUUUGAAUAACAAUUUGAGUUUUUCUUUGCAAAUCGAGAAUAAAGAUCUGAUUUUGUCAGCUGAGUUUAAGAACUCGCAACCGUAUUGGUCGAUGGGGAAAGAUAAAAGGAGAAUCAUCAACAAAAGCGGUGGAGAUGCAAAUUCUGCCACCAUUGAAGCUAAUUCAUGGAGGAUAUAUGAUGAAAAUGGAAUCUUUCUUUCGCAAUUUGUUUUUGCAGAUGAUUCUGAUGCUAAUGACACGUGGAUUGCAGUUUUAGAAGAUGAUGGAUUCGUCAAAUUCCAUAAUCUCCAAUCACAAAUCACUGCUAACCCUAAAAUUCCAGGUGAUUCAUGCAGCAGACCAUUAGCUUGUCCGCCAUAUCUCGUUUGUCAUGAUGGGAACACUUGUCAAUGUCCUUCUGGACUCGCUCAAGUUAACUGCAAACCGGAAAUCGAUUCUUCAUGUAACAAGUCGAGAAUUUCAUCUACUCUUGUCAACGCAGGGGAGAAUCUGAGCUAUUUUGCGAUAGGGUUUGUUUCGCCGGAUUCCAAAACCGAUUUAGAUGGCUGUAAAUCGUCGUGUUUGAACAACUGCACUUGCGUGGCUUUGUUCUUCGAUAACAACAAUGGAAACUGUUACAUGUUUGAUCAGAUUGGAAGCUUUGAAGACGCUAAAAAUGGCGCGAAUAUCGAAUCAUACGUUAGGGUUUCAGAUACUCAAUCGGACACUUCUCAGGGUCAAAAUAGUAAGAAACAGUCGACACAGAUGGUGAUUGUAGUGGUUGCUGUAGUUAUUUCAGCAACAUUUGUUAUUAUCGGACUAGUAAUCGUCGGAAUUCGAUACAACAAGAAGAUGAAUACUCCGAUUGAAGAUCCUGAUGAAAUCUCUGAAGAAGAUCAUUUCUUAGAGAACAUAUCUGGAAUGCCUGUUCGUUUCACCUACAAAGAUCUUCAAGAAGCAACGAGUGAUUUCACUACAAAGCUAGGUCAUGGCGGAUUCGGUUCAGUCUACCAGGAAAAGAGCGAUGUCUACAGCUACGGAAUGGUGUUGCUUGAGAUUAUCAGUGGCCGGAAAAACUAUAUCUCGCCGGAGACGUCGCAUUUUCCGGCGUACGCUUCGAGGAUGAUGGAAGAAGGUAAAGUUGAGAUCCUGUUGGAUGAGAAGAUGAAAGUAGAUGAGAAGGAUGAGCGGGUGGUGGUGGCAAUACGGGUGGCGUUGUGGUGUAUACAGGAUGAUAUGAAUUUAAGGCCGUCGAUGACGAAGGUGGUGCGGAUGCUUGAAGGGCUGUGUCCGGUUCCGGCGCCGCCGGUUGUUGGUCAGACCGGGUUCUUUUCGAGUUUGUCUAAACCGUUUAGUGAAUUUGGUACUUCAUCUGGGCCUUCAGAUGGGAAUAGUGAUGCAUAUUUAUCGGAUCUUCGGGUUUCUGGGCCUAGGUAG